AUGUUGGCUUCCUCCCCUUCGCCGUCCCAAACGGCGUUGCGCUCUCCUCACCAGACUGGUGCCCACUAUGAGACCACUCCACAAUUUAAUAGCCCACGCUCGUCGCGCUUGGCCAUUGAAGAGCUCCGCUCUGCCCUGAAUCGGCAUACUGUCGAUCCUGCCUCUCCUGUCUCGCCUGCAGAUCUACGGCGACGCACUUCUGUAGCAACGGCUGCCAGUGUCACUCUCACCCCUAAACUGGCCUUGGCCAAUUCCUCCACUUCUCCUACCGCCGCAUACACGCUCGCAAGCGCUGCCGCGAAUCCGCCACCCGCUACCUCCGCCACCUCCUCCAUGCCCGCUCCAGACACUCCGGGGUCAAACAAGCGCACCAGCCCGACCGACUACCACGCGCCCAAUGCGACGUCGGCGCAGGAUGUCCAGCCUUCACAGGCCAAGCGCCGCAGACCCUCCAAGGCCGAGAUCAAGAUCCUGCCUGUUCAGUACGAGGAUGCUGAUCCCCGCGAUCUGGUCGUGCUGAUUUCCAGUAUGCUCUUGGAACUGAUCAGUUUCAACGACAAGAUCCCCCUGAAUCAGGGCCGGUUGACCCGUUUCCAUUCGCGAUCACCACCCCGUAUCUCAGUUCAGGACUACAUGCAGCGCCUCACCACUCACGCUACCCUCUCGCCCCCAAUUCUUCUCAGCAUGGUCUACUACAUCGACCGGCUAUGUGCCUUCUACCCUGCCUUCACCGUCUCCAGCCUGACCAUUCACCGUUUUCUGAUCACCAGCGCAACUGUCGCAAGCAAAGGCCUCAGUGAUAGUUUCUGGACAAACAAGACUUAUGCGCGCGUAGGUGGAAUCAGUAUGACCGAGUUGGCCAUGCUAGAACUGGAGUUCUUGUUCCGAACUCAAUGGCGAAUCGUCCCUCAACCGGAAGUUCUGGAGGAUUAUUACAAGAGCCUGGUUGAACGAUGCGACGGAUAUGAGAUCGAUCGCACCGCCCCCGUCGACGACGACAGCGCGCCAACGACCACAGCAGCCACUCCCUCAUAG